CCGCCGCUGGACCUAGACCCCGUGGGAUGGGGACGCAAGCUGUACCCGACGGGAGCGCCGAGAUCCUCGGCAGGUGGGCUGAUGUUCGGACUGCACCACCAGGAGGCGGCAGGCGGGCUGGCUCAGCCUCGCGGGCCUGUCACCUCGCUCAAGGAGGAACCCCUGGCGCGCGCCUGGAUGACACCCGGGGCACUAGUUGACAACACCAACAGCGUGGGCGUGGGGCGAGCACACUUCGAGAAACAGCCACCCAGCAACCUGCGCAAGAGCAACUUCUUCCACUUCGUGGUCGCGCUCUACGACCGCGCUGGACAACCCGUUGAGAUUGAGAGGACAGCGUUCAUUGGAUUUAUAGAAAAGGACCAAGAAGCCGAAGGACAGAAGACUAACAAUGGAAUUCAAUACAGACUUCAACUACUGUAUGCCAAUGGUAUACGUCAAGAACAAGACAUCUUCGUUAGGCUCAUUGACUCCGUCACAAAACAGCCAAUCGUCUACGAGGGUCAAGAUAAGAAUCCAGAAAUGUGCAGAGUGCUGUUAACCCACGAAGUAAUGUGCAGUCGAUGUUGCGACAAGAAAAGCUGUGGAAAUAGAAACGAAACGCCUUCGGAUCCUGUUAUAAUUGAUCGAUUUUUUCUUAAAUUCUUUCUGAAAUGCAAUCAGAAUUGUUUGAAAAACGCUGGCAACCCUAGAGAUAUGAGAAGAUUUCAAGUGGUGAUAUCAACACAAGUAAUGGUGGACGGUCCGCUGCUGGCUAUAUCAGACAACAUGUUCGUGCAUAACAACAGCAAGCAUGGCCGGCGCGCCAAGCGCCUCGACCCGUCUGAAGGUACUGACGCCGCGCCAGACAAUCAUUCAGGUCUGUAUCCACCCCUGCCGGUCGCGACGCCUUGUAUCAAAGCGAUAUCACCCAGCGAAGGCUGGACCUCAGGAGGUUCCACUGUCAUUAUUGUAGGGGACAACUUCUUCGACGGGCUUCAAGUUGUGUUUGGAACAAUGUUAGUUUGGAGUGAGUUAAUAACAUCACACGCGAUACGGGUGCAGACGCCGCCGCGACACAUACCGGGCGUCGUCGAGGUGACCCUCUCAUACAAGAGCAAGCAGUUCUGCAAGGGAGCGCCCGGCAGAUUUGUAUAUGUUUCAGCGCUCAACGAGCCUACGAUAGACUACGGCUUCCAACGACUGCAGAAAUUGAUACCGAGGCAUCCAGGCGACCCUGAGAAAUUACCGAAGGAGAUAAUCCUGAAGCGAGCGGCAGACCUAGCGGAGGCGCUGUACUCGAUGCCGCGCAACAAUCAGCUGCUGCCGCGGUCGCCGCCACCCUCUGCGCCCUUCAACACCUAUGCGCAGGACGCCACCCCUCACCAGUGGACAGAAGGCUUUUUCUUUUAGAGGAGUACGCGCGCAGCGGCGGCUCUGUUUCUCCGAGGUACUGCGCGGGCGCCGCCACGCCGCACUA